CGCAAUCUACAAUCGCUCGAACACCUCCGCACAUCCACUUACCGUAACCUCGAAAACAACCGCAAUCAUGUGCGGCGCCGACUGCUUCCUGAUGCUCCUCAGCGUCCUCUUCCCACCCAUUGGAGUAUGGGUGAAGCGAGGUAUCUGCUCCGCUGACUCUCUCAUCAACAUCGCCCUCUGCUGUCUCGGCUUCCUCCCCGGCCUUCUCCACGCCUGGUACAUCAUCCUGCAAAACCCCGACCCCUACGACGGCUACGGCCCAGUCCCUGACCAUGAGGGCGGGCGCCAGGGUACCACAUACUAUGUUGUGAGCCACACGGGGCCGGCGCGCCAGCAGGGCGGUAUGAAUUAUGGCACUGUGCCGCAGCAGCCGCCCAGUGGUGGUCAGUUUCCGGGGCAGCAGAGUGGGGUUACGAACCAGAAUGCGCCGAAGAAAAGUGGGAAGAGUGCUAGCGGUCCUGGGAAUGCGCCACAGCAUCUUCGUGGUGAGGGGAGCAGCUCGCAGCAGCCUGAGGUGCCGCCGCCGACUUAUGCGGAUGUGAUCAAGGGGGAUAAUAAGGUGCAGAACCCGUAAUUGAGGUUCACUCUCUAGGUGACAGUCGACCAGGCCACUGACGAAUGGGACGAUCUGAUGGAAUGCAUGGGUAUUGGCUUUUGAUACGGUGUUCAGGCUAGGCUACGGUAGCGACGGCAUUUGUGAUUACAACCCUCACGUGGAUUUGUAUGUGAUCGUCUGCGCAGUGUAUACAUCAAGAUUUCUGAACUUGAUAUUCCUCAUUGCGUCCCGUAGCUGGUGUGAUGUCGUUAUGCUGACCAAAGGAGUGAUCUUUGCUUGCAUGUCUUGAGGCGAAGGCGAUCUAUCGACAAUACAAGUGACAAUGCUUUGAAUGAGGAACUUCAGAAAAGGCCGUUCCUCAUGGAACGAUUGAACCAGGCCGACGCGUCGGAGCCUCCUUUUAAUGCAAUUAUUCGAAUGGUCAGCGUACUUUCAUGUUUUUUAAAUCAAUCAU